AUGUCUGAACCCAGCGAGACCGGAGGCCGCCCAUUGGAUCCAACUACCAACCAGCUACAACAUCUGCAAGGCAGCACCACUCCCUCACCAACAUCCCUUCACAUCGACCAUUGCAAAUCGUCACCAACGUAUAACCACUCCAAGAAGUCGAGGAAGACUAGCCCUCGUCAUCGCCCUGGCGAUAUCCAACAAGAGCCUUCUGCCCCCCACAUCGGCUCCUCACAUUCUGAGCAACCAUCGACCGCGAGUCCUACAGAUAUGGCUUCCCACAUGUCGCCCGUUCACUACACCAAGACUGGUCGCAUCAGCAAAGCAAAGAAAGGCUUGAAGGUGCACAAGUGCGAUACCUGUGGAAAGUCUUACACACGCGCGGAGCAUCUAAGACGGCACAUGAAGAACCACACACCAGACGAUGCACUAAUCUGUGACGUCGCUGGAUGUGGCAAGGUAUUCCAUCGCAUGGAUCUUCUUGUUCGACACCAGGAGCGGCACAAUGAGAUGGGAAAUGACUCCCGUCGACCAAGCAUCGACGAGUCACCAGUCCCAUUGCCCAUCUCCACCCCUGCUCCCGAGCCCAUCCUGAGCGCUACACAUGCUCUGCCAAACCAUCCAUAUUAUCCGCCCGCCUCUCCUAUGCAUGAGUCGGCGCCACCCCCAAGGUAUAAUUACGCUCAGUUUCGUACUCCUCGAACGCCUCAGGCUUUUUCUUCAAGUUUCAGUCAUGUUCCUCGUUCUUCUCCACAGUCUGUUUUCAGCCCCAAUCAAUCUAAACAUCAUCGAUCUUUCCAUUAUAACCGCCAACCUGCACCGGCUAUGGUAUCGGUCGAACCUGGCGUUCCAGGUCUGUGGCCCGAACCAUACAGCCCUCUGGGGUACUCUUCUUCUACCAGCGGUUAUGUAUCACCAAUCGCACCAACAGACUACCCCGUCUACACGCCUUACCACCGAACACGCACUCCUUCGAACGCAUCAUGCAUUGAUCAGCCCGGAUGGACCUUUGCGUCACGCUCCCCUGCUUCUACGACAUCAACCAUGGCCUUCACCUGGCCUUCUUCAGACAAGGGGCAUACUGCUCCAGGUCUUGCUUACAUGCACACUUCUUGUCCAAUGACUAGCAUGUCAAUCACUUCCAGCUUCGAUGCAAUGUCCGAAUAUGGGCAUUUUGGGCCUAAGAGCAUGAUGCAGAGAGAUGAAGAGGAGAGAGUGAUUCUCUUUGGAGAACAACAAUACGGUAUGGCUUCGAUCGACAACACCUAUCCGUUUGAGCAAUGUCUUGACUGUUACUGGAGGCUCUUUCAUCCCACUUUCCCCGUCGUCCAUCGAUCUACCUCUGUGAACUCAUCACCAAUGCUGCAUGCCGCCAUGGCUGCCAUUGGGGGUCAGUACUCACACGAUACGAACGUCAAGAAGCAGUCCCGAGACCUUCACGACCGGUGCAUUAAACUGCUCGAAGUGAGGGACCGAGAAACAAUGACGGAGUCCGACCGACUUUGCGAUUUUCAGGCAAUAUUUCUUCUCGAGGUCCUCUCUCAGUACCGUGCUCGUCGAACUGGCAACGUCUUGUCCCCGCGAUUCGGCAAAGUGUAUCACAAGGCUGCCGAAGACUCCAGACGCAAUGCUCGACUUUUAAGCGACAUCGUGUCGUCUCUUGACCAAGCUGUAGAGCCAACUUCGGCUUGCUGGCAACAAUGGAUCGAGCUAGUAUCCUGGCAACAUUUGCUUUUGUCUUGCUACAUUCUCGAGUCGCAACAAUCGCUACUGCUUGCUCGCAAGCCUCUUCCUUCCCUCGUACAAGACACCGCCUUUGACCUACCCUUUCCUCGGCAUGUCUCGUCAUUCGACGCCACUGAUCUGAUAUCGUGGGCCGAAGCAAUUCGGCAACACUCAUACUCGCCUGCAUACGUAUAUGAAGUAACACCAGAGUCAGCUUCUGUCUCUUUCGACACUUUCCAGUCGGCCGUUUUGCUUGCGGCUCACUACAAGUGUCCUGAAAACUCAUCUUCCUACAUAUCAUCGCCGACAGUAUCAAGCAUUGAGCAUCUUCUCGCCACAACGCCCGUCACUAUGCGAGUGCUGGCCACUUCCAAACUUGUCCAGGUGACACCUCUCCGCGCUCUCCUCGCCGUCUCUGGAGAAUCGUGGAUUCUUUCGGAAAAGGUCGAGACACCCCAGCUCUUCACUGCACUAAAAACCAGUCUUCGGACAUGGGUGGCCCAGGUUUGGUCUACCCCAGCAUCAGAAGGCGUGCCAGUCAAAGAAGCUUUGCGCAUCUCAGUCGAGAUUCUGCAGCACGCGCUGCAGGAACAACGCCUCGGCGUCGUACCAGAAAUGGGCACAGACAUGGGCAUCUUCUUCGCCGCCCUGGUCUUAUGGGUCGUCACUGUCGCAGCCACUACUCGCAUGAGACGACUAUCCUCAGAAAACUCAACCACCACACAGUCCCUUGCUCAACCGGGAACGACAGCCCAACAGAGCGCCCUUCUCCCUUCUCCCAUGGCCGCUCCCCACUCCCCCAUUUUCGAAGCCACACCCGAAAACCCUGUGCUAUCGCACGCGCAGAUCACUAUCAAUACGAUUUCCUUUCUCAACAACGCGCUGUUUGUCUCGCCAAGUGCCAUGUCUGCAAAGGAUGUCUCGCGCCAGCAAACAGGCUGCGUCAGUCUUUUGCUCUGGGUCAAGUUGCGACUUCGCGGCGUUCCUGUCGAUGACUUGGGCAGUGGUGCUGCUGCUGCCUGUGCCUGGGACUCGACGGCGAAGCUUGGUGAGCUGCUUGAUGGCGUUACCGGAUCGCUUGAGCGUAUUUUGAAGAGUGGAUGGGGUGGAUGGGGUGUUUGA